AAGAGAAACCCCAUCCCCCCCCUAGAAUGGGGUCAUCUGACAUGUUGUGUCCAUACUUGCCCGACCCCUAUGAACCGACGGCGCGAAAGGGAAGGGAAAAAAAGAAGAAGAAAGAAAAAAAAGUCGAACAAGGUGAACAUUGUUCGUAAAACAUUCAGGCAGGUAGAAAUGAAGAAGUCAUCGCUGCCAUUACAGAGUACUGUUCGCCCCGAAAAGCAUAAAUAUAGCAAGGAAUCCUUGACGAAGCUCUUAAGGUGGCAUUUUGGACAUUCUGAGUUUAGAGGAAAGCAAUUGGAAACCAUUGAAGCUGUUUUAUCAGGAAAAGAUUGUUUCUGUCUCAUGCCCACUGGGGGAGGGAAGUCCCUGUGUUAUCAGAUCCCUGCUCUAGCUUCAAACGGAAUCGUGCUUGUUGUUUGUCCCUUAAUAGCACUGAUGGAAAACCAAGUGAUGGCGUUGAAGGAAAAGGGGAUUUCUGCUGAAUAUUUAUCCUCAACUCAGUCAAUACAAGCCAAAAAUAUAAUUCACGAAGAUCUCGAUUCUAGUAAACCUACCUUAAGGCUUCUCUACGUUACACCUGAAUUGAUUGCGACGCCAGGAUUUAUGGCAAAACUGAUGAAAAUUUAUUCUAGAGGAUUACUAAAUCUGAUUGCUAUAGACGAGGCACAUUGUAUUUCAACAUGGGGCCAUGACUUCAGGCCUAGCUACCGCAAGCUUUCUUCUUUGAGGAGUCGCCUUCCUAAUAUUCCUAUACUGGCCUUGACAGCCACUGCUGUUCCGAAAGUGCAGAAGGAUGUGAUAGUAUCCUUGGGCUUGGAAAACCCUCUAGUUCUCAAGUCUUCAUUUAAUCGUCCUAAUAUAUAUUACGAAGUUCGAUAUAAAGAUCUUUUGGAUGACUCGCUUGCCGACUUGUGUAAUCAACUGAAAUCUAGUGGAGAUGUCUGUGCAAUCAUCUAUUGCCUAGAACGUGCAAUGUGCGACCAAUUGUCAGUUUAUCUAGCAAAAUAUGGCAUUUCAUGUGCUGCUUAUCAUGCGGGUUUGAAGAAUGAGUUGAGGAAAUCCGUUUUAGAGGAUUGGAUAAGCUCUAAGAUACAAGUUGUCGUGGCCACAGUAGCUUUUGGGAUGGGUAUAGAUAGAAAAGAUGUCAGAGUUGUUUGCCACUUUAAUAUUCCAAAGUCAAUGGAAGCUUUUUAUCAAGAGUCAGGUAGAGCUGGCCGUGAUCAAUUACCCUCUAAAAGUCUGUUAUACUAUGGAAUUGAAGACCGCAGAAGAAUGGAAUUUAUUCUAAGAAAUAGCUCCAGUGCUGAUAAGAAGAUCCUACCAUCUUUAAGCUCCCAAGAAAAGUUAUCAGAGAAGUCCUUAACCGACUUUGCUCAGAUGGUUGAGUAUUGUGAGGGCUCUGGAUGUCGCAGGAAGCAAAUUCUUGAGAGUUUUGGGGAACAGGUUCCUGCAUCCAUAUGUAGUAGAUCAUGUGAUGCCUGCAAACACCCAAAUAUCGUUGCUGCCUAUUUGGAGGAGCUUACUACUACUUGUGCUGUUAGGCGAAAUAAUUCUUCAAGAAUUUGUGUCAGCAGAUCAAAUAUGGACGAUGAAGAUGAGUUUUCUGAAUUUUGGAAUCUCAAGGACGAAGCAAGUGGAUCUGGAGAAGAUAUAUCUGAUUCUGAUGAUGAUACUGAGAUUGUCAAAAGCCUAGCUGGGACAAAGUAUCUAAAGAAAUCAGGACUAAAUGAAAAGAUGGCACUUCUGGAACGUGCAGAAGAAAACUAUUACCAGAACAAGAUUUCAGUUAAACAGGAUCUGAAAUCGGGGAUGACGAUUGGCACUGCCCGGCACGAUAGGGGACUCUACUUCCUUUCUGACGAGGCUUCCUCUAGGAAUGAUCACCAAUCGGGGGAAGCUAGCAGGGAGCGAUUAGAGAAGUCUUUAGAGCAGGCUCAACAGCGGCUUGGGAGCUCCAAGAUUGAAGUGGAAAGAUGCGCUUGUUUUCUUGAGCAUGAGUGCUACGAGAAAUAUGGAAGGACAGGGAAAUCAUUCUAUUAUUCACAAGUAGCAAGCACAGUGCGGUGGCUGUCGACAGCAAGUUCUACAGAGUUAACCAAUCGGCUGAGCAUUGUUGCUGAUAACCCUUGCUCAGAGAAGAAUACAGAACUUCCUGCAUUGCCAUCUCCAUCCCCUGUGUUGGAUCUCUCGAAGUUAGAAAUGAAUAAUGAAGAAUUUCGCAGCAGCAGCCCAGUUUUGGAGACUUCCGCAAGCAAUUUACCAGAGCAAAAGACUUCCCCGGCUGUUCCUUUGCCUUCAAUUCCUUCCUUCUCAGAAUUUGUUAAUGGUAAAAGGGAAAAGGAAAAUCAAUCAAAUAAAUCACUUAGGCACUCGCUCAACAGAGAUGAGAAGGAUCCAGUGAAGAGGACGAGGUUGCGGUAGACUGUCUCGUCUACAGACAUUUUCUUCUGUUUUGUUAUUGUUUUCUUGGACCAACGAUGAAGAGCAGAACUCAAAAGAUGGACGAAUGAUAUUGCUCAUGACGAGGAUGUCAUUGUUACUUAUUGCAAACUGUUAAAAUUGAAGAGGUUUUGCGUGGAAACACUUUUCAAUCUAUACUAUAUUCCUCCUGAGAUAGGGAAAUUGGAUACGGGUGGUUUGUUCUCAAGAGUGAUUUUUAUUUAUUUAUUUUAUUUAUUUUUUUUUAAAAAA